GAGCUGGAAUCAGAACCUCAGUACCAGAGGAAAAUAUCUGCGACCUGGUUUUAGUGGUUCCAGCCAGAAGCUGCAGAAUCUCAUGCAUCUCCAAGACCAUAAUGGAUCAGCUGAAGGUCCAGACCCUGCAGACGCUCCAUGACCUGCAGCCCGGUGGGAAAGACCUGGGGCUGUUACUGAGGAGACCGGUAGAUUCUACAUCAUACCACUGGUUCUCACUGGGAGAACCAGACUGACAGAACCUUUCUGGUUCCAGACCAUCAGGAUGAUGGUUCUGGUUUAAAAUGAACUUAAAAAUUAAGUCUGCAGUGAUCCGGUUCCCAGUGUGAGAAUCCCAGUCCUGCAGGUUCUGAUCCCAGGAUUUAAUGCAGAACUUCUGGACCGGGCCUGGACUUUCUUUCUGCUUCUUCAUAUUUCGGCUGUUCUGUUUCCUCGGGUAUUUCCACUGAUGGCUCAGUGUCGUGUUCUGACGGUGCAGAAUGACCCAGUUUCAUCAGGUAAAACCAGAAACCAUUAGCUGUGGCUUUGUGGGCGGAGCCAGAGGUUGCUCCGCCUCCUGUGGCUGCUGCAGCCUCACCCCCAGAGAGAGGAAACCUGAGAGACCGAGCGGCGCCACAGCAGCUCCUGGGCCCAGUUAGGAUCUCCUCUCUGAUGGAUGCUCCUGUUGGACCAGAGAUCCUCCAAGAUCCGACAGAGCUCUCACUCUGCCCGUUUCCUCUCAGGAGAACAGAGAUGAUGUCAGGUUUGCCUCCAUCAGCCGCUUGGUCCUCGGCUCCUUCAGCCCCCGGAUGGGACGGGUCACCAGGCUUCAGCGUGAAGUGUGACCCCGCCCCCUCAGACCCUCUCGUCCAAUCACGGUGGCUCUCUGAUGAAGGCCUCCUGAGGCGGCCUCACCCAUUGGACGAUGAGCCAUUCAGCUGCUGGUACCGCCCCCCUCCUCUGUACUCCACCUGUUCUGGGCAUCCCACUCUGACUCCGCCCCCCCGGUGGAACAGCAAUCUGCUCGGUCCCUCCCCUUCUUCACCUGACUGGAGUGACCCAGAGCAGCGCGAGUGUGAGAGCUGCGGGGCGAACAGCGCCCUCCUGUGGAGGAGAGCCGCAGCAGGUAAACACCUGUGUUACACCUGCAGCCUCGGCCAGGAAGACGGCAGCAGGGACCGGAACACGCCGCUGCUGAGGCCGAAGAGGAGGCGGACGGCGGCGGCCAGGAAAGGAACCCGCUGCUCCAACUGUGAGACUGAAACUACGUCUCUGUGGAGGAGGAACGCUGCAGGAGAACCCGUCUGCAACGCCUGUGGCCUCUACUACAAGCUGCACCAGAUCCAGCGGCCUCUGGUUCUGAAGAAAGAAGAGAUCCAAACCCGGAGGAGGAAGGUGGCCAAUAGGAGGACCUGCAGGAAGAGAGCUGACCAAUCAGGGAGCUUCAUCCCUUCCAUCAGGGCCUCCUGCUCCUCCCUCCUGCAGUAAACCCACGGGUUCUGCUGGGGGUUCUGGUUCUGGUUGUCGC